CAUAUCAGUAGACAGUCGGCUUGUUUUUGACCUACUCGAAUUCUUUCCGAAAUGUUUUCCACCUAUUCGAGCAUUGAUGUGGGCGCCAACGAGGAAGUGGAUCAUACUCAGCAGGAGUUUUCUUCAAAAGCCGAAGAGGAUGUGCAGUCAAUCAUCCGUUUGGCCCACCAGGAGCACGAGGCUCUAAUACAAAAAAAGGUCAUGAGCGCGAUGAAGCAACGCGAAGAGGAGUUGGCCAAGCUGUGGGACAAUAGACCGUCAUCAUCAAGUUUGGCCCAGAUCAAGGCUAUUCAGGAUGAGGAACUUAGAGCUCUCUUGGACCAAAUCGUUACGAAUGAGGACAGUAGCGAUGAAGAUGAAGAUGAGGAUGAGGAUGAAGAUGAAGAUGAAGACGAGGACGAGGAAGUCCCCUUUUAAUGUCACUCAACUAAA